AUGGACGACACCAUAAGCGAGAUUCCCAACGAGCACACCAGGCUCUUACCCAAGAAGCAAGAUGGCGACGACCAUUCUACAAGUCAAGGGGAGGGCGAGCUCCUCGACAUCCUCCCCGAGGAUGCAACGCCCUCUCGGACGCUCAUUCUGCAUGAAUUCUGGGUGUUGUUCCGAGGGUCGAUCCCAGUAAUCCUCGCCUACACCCUGCAGAACUCGCUGCAAACAAUUUCAAUCCUUAUCGUUGGACGAGCAUCGCCUCAAGAUCUGUCGACAGCCGCUUUCUCAUACAUGUUCGCAAUGUGUUCCGGAUGGCUGAUCGGUAUGGGCGGAUCAACAGCACUAGAUACCCUCGCGUCGUCGACCUUCACCGGAAGCAAGAACAAGCACGACCUCGGCAUUUUGCUACAACGAGGUUUUGUUGUUCUGACUCUGUUCUACAUUCCAAUCGCUAUCAUCUGGGCGUGCUCGGAGCCGAUCUUCAGGGCGCUCGGCCAGAGUCCUCAGCUCUCCCGUGACAGUGCCAGAUUCUUGACGUGCCUCAUACCGGGUGGUCUGGGCUAUAUCUAUUUUGAGACGAUGAAGAAGUACCUUCAGGCCCAGGAAAUCAUGCGACCGGGGACCUAUGUUCUGUUGAUCACAUCGCCGAUCAGUGCACUCCUGAACUACUUGUUCGUCUACGUUGCUGGCUGGGGUAUCUUGGGUGCGCCUUUUGCCACUGGAAUUGGCUACUGGCUAUCUUUCCUAGGUCUGGUGCUGUAUGCUAAGUUCGUGGCUGGUGGAGAGUGCUGGGGCGGUUGGAGCAAGAGGUGUCUUCAGAACAUAGGCACAUUCGCCAAGCUGGCCAUUUUGGGCUUCAUCCACGUCGGUACCGAGUGGUGGGCGUUCGAAAUCGUGGCCCUCGCGGCUGGCCGGCUGGGCGAGAUCCCUCUCGCGUCUCAAAGCGUCAUCAUGACUGCAGACCAGGUCAUGAACACCAUUCCGUUCGGCAUUGGAGUUGCCGCCAGUGCUCGGGUGGGCAAUAUGUUGGGAUCUAAGAACGCCAGAGGAGCUGCUCGGGCGGCCAACGUCGCCGCGUGGUUGAGCAUGAUCAUGGGGGCUCUUGUCCUUGCUGUCUUGAUGGGCACGAGGAACCACUUUGCGAAGAUCUUCAAUGACGAUGAGAGGGUGAUCAAACUCACAGCUCACGUGUUGCCAUAUGUCGCCCUGUUUCAGAUUGCAGAUGGCCUGAAUGGCAGCUGUGGAGGGUCUCUACGAGGCAUGGGCCGGCAGCACAUCGGAGCCGCGGUCAAUGUCUUCAGCUACUAUUGUGGUGCACUCCCGCUGGGCAUCUGGCUUGCAUUCCACGGCUGGGGCCUACCAGGUCUCUGGGUCGGCCAGUGCAUUGCAUUGUACAUUGUUGGCAUUCUGGAAUGGGUCAUCGUCGCUUUCAGCAACUGGGAGCACCAGGUGGAGAAGGCAUUCGAGCGCAUGGACAAAGAUGAGCUGGUUGAGACUGGCAAUGCUGGAGCAUCGGUGCCAGCGCCGGCGGGGAACGGACCACUGUAG